AUGAAGGCUGGUUUCGCACUCGCAGUUGCCAUCCUCGGCGCUGAGGUCUAUGCUUUCCCCCAGUUUAUUCCUCCCAAGUCCAACUACGCUCUUCGUCCAGGCACCACCAACAACCACCAGGACAGCAACACCAACAGCAAAUUCGCUCCCGCGCCCAACAAGCACGCUGCUGGUUCAGCCAUCAAGUUCUCCGGCAACCAGUCAGGCAACAAGAACAAGGAUACCGUGCCCGGCUUUGUCGCUGUCAAGGGUGGUACAUCCAGCAAGCGUGCUGUUGAUGCCGAUGAUGAUGACGAUACCUACGAUGUCCCCAAGGGAUCUCAGGAUGACGAUAGCGGUGAUGAUGGAGUGAUGUUCACUACCUUCGCUGCUCCUCACGCCAAGAUCGGUACCAUCAAGAAGGAGGAGAGCUCUGGCGAUGAUGAUGAUGCUGCUGAUGAAGAACCUGCUGCUUCUGAUGCUGCUACUACCAAGGACCGCAAUUUCAAGGCCCCCAGCACAAAGAAGCAAAACGGCAAGAAGCAGAAGCACACUGGAGAUGAUGAUUCAGCCACCAAAACUGAUGACCACCCCAAGGCUACUUCUUCUCCUAGCAAGAGCAAGUCAGAUGACAAGAAGGCGACCAAGCAGGCAGAGAAGGAUUCCAAGCAAGCCGCAAAGGAUGCUAAGAAGGCUGACAAGAAGAAGCACUCUGGUGAUGAUGACUCUGCUUCCAAGACCGAGGACAAGCCCAAGCCCACUGCUUCUCCUGCUGCUAGCAAGAAGAAGACCAGCAAGUCCUCCUCCGCCAAGAAGACUGAGAAAGACUCUGGCAAGAAGAAGCACUCUGGGAGUGAUGAUUCUACCAGCAAGACUGCAAAAGAUGAUCACAAGUCAACUUCUAAGAGCACCAGCAAGAACCAGGCCAAGACUGAGGCUCACAAGAAGCACGUUUCCAAGCACUCUUAG